CGUUACACGCGUUUCUCGCGUGUUUUUCUGAUUCCUCGCGAGAGCUGCACGUUUCUAAAACAUGGCGGACGACGGUGCAUUAAGCUCUGUUAAUAUUUCCCUUCAAAAUAUUGAAGAAAAUCUCGAGCGUUUUAUAUCUUACGAUAGAAAACACAGUGCUACAAUAUUGUCCGUUCUACGGGACGUUUUUAACCACAACAAGAAAGACGAGGCGAUUUGUGGACGCAAGAUAGAAGGCUGUCCUUUUGAGAGUUUACAACUUGACCCAACAAGUUUUGAUAAUGAAACAAUUUGGCAGCAAAUUCAGCUACAGAAUGAAUCACUUUUACCGAAGAUACAGACUGAAUUUAAACCGCUACUUAGGAAAGCAGAUUCUGUACAGUUAAAUGAUAUAAAAAACACUAAUAAUGGAAAAUAUCAGGACAAUUUUACUGAAAUUAAUAUGAACAGAAUAGAUUUUGUGCAAGGAUCAACUGAUUCUAGUUCUGAUGUGGGAAGUGAGGUUGAAAAGUUUGUUGAGCAAAAUAGUAAUGAUAGUGACGAAUUACCGAAAGCAAUUAAAGGUACUAGACUAAAACCCAAGGGUACUUGUAAAUUACCAAAGGGUUCGGUAGUUGAUGACCAAUUCUUCAAACUGGCCGAAAUGGAGAAGUUUUUGGAAAGCAAACAUGGUGGAGGCGAUGUUUCUGCAGAUGACAGUGAUGAAAAUUUUGAUUAUUUUGCCGAUCUUAAUGAGAGAGGUGACGGCACGGCAGAUAUUGAAAGGUAUGAUAAUGUGCUGCGGUUUUUGCCUGGGAAUGACUAAACAAGGCCCCUAAAUUAGCAGAAUGCCUGAAGUGAAAACAGGUUGGCAACAGGUACUGUAGGCAAAUUUAGGUUUCCAAUAAAAACAUGCCUGUAGCAAUAUUGGCGAGAUUUACACUUAGAAACUAGGAGGUUACAGAAAUGUAUUACUGUACAUCUAGACUAGGCCAAAUAAAAAUAAUAGUUGGUUUCAGGUUUCACAGCCAUGUUUUAUAUGGGUAGGUAGGUCGGAAAAGCAUUUUAUUUAAAAAAAUAUUUUAUCUCAAGUAUGCAAUAAAUAUAAGUUGUUUAUGAGUAACUGUCACGCAUAAUCAGAAGUGCCACGCAGGAUCACCCGCGAGCUACACAUGUUUUGCGAGAAACAAACGCAUCAAGGAUUAACAUGUCUAGAUGAUUAAAUUAUGAGCAAACAAAAUAAUCUGUAGCAAAUGAGUCUGAUGACUAUUUGUAUAUUCUGAAAUUUACGAAAAGAUGAUCCCUCUACUGGGAAAUGUCAAUAAAAUGUUUAUGGUCGGUCAUAUUUUUGACAGGUCGUUCGGAAACCUGAAAGCCAUAGGCGUACGGGAGGGUGGGGCUGUGAGGGCUGCAGCCCCCCCAAUUUUUUGAGAAUUUAUCUAUAUUCGGGCAAAAAUUGUCUUGUCAUUCGGGCAACGACGAUCUGGUGGUUAGACGAAUAUAUUGAUCCAUAAAGCGGAACAGAAGUAUUAUUUCAACAAGUUCAACUUUUACAGGUUCAAUCAUGCACUGUAAAUCUGUAAUGGCAACGUUUGUGUAUAUUUAUUACUACCAUAGACCGCAUAGCUGGAUUCAACCAUGUUGCGUCAGGUUAACAUUUAUUAAAGGUCAAGUGCUCUAAAAUCGGAUUUGGUUUUGAUUUUUGCGCACAUACCACAGACGUAAAUCCCCACAGAAACGGCUAGAACGAAGGAACAAUUGCUAUGGCUACUAAUAAAAUGUCACUACUGUAUUCAUGCCUACAUUCAGCAGUUUUACCUAGCAUAAUGUAGGCUAUACAACUAUUAAACUAAAUAAGUAUAUAGAUAUAGCUCCACAUAUUGCGAAGGUGUGGUAUAAGUGUGCGUAGUAACAAUUGGAUCAGUAAUGUUUAUCCUUUGGCUCUGGCCCUGGGCGGCACCACGGCUAUGACACACCAGUCACUGAAAAUAGAUACUAUACAUUAUACAAUGACCUAAUGUGACUAAUUUUAGACUUUUAGAUAGACAUAAAAGUGCGCGAUUUUUUUACAAUCAUUACUAAAAUUGUUGAUUUUACGACGUUCGGUGCGAGGAAUGCAAUAAGGAAAUCGACAGUGAUUAUAAAAAGGUGCAUUCUCGAUUGGUUCACAUUUCACAAUGGUAAAAAAGUAAAAUGUCAUCCAGUGAUGGAAUCAUCGGAUUCAUCCCUGUCGAAAAUCAAUACUUUCUUUGUAAAAAGUAACAUGACAACCAAGGACAAUGACCUGCUGUCACCUGCAGUAUGACCUAACCCUACUUGGAACUGAAUCGAGUGGUAGUAAAGAUUCUGCAGUCACGGUGUCUUUUGAUGAAGAUCUAUCUGAGAAAAAUGUGAAGGAACCCAUGAGCGAAGACCAAACGGAACUAAUGACAACGUUCAUUGAUGUUGAUGAAUUAAAUUCACUGUCACAGCUCAGAGAAAAUAGUGAACAGAAUACGGUGACGGACAGUGAAAAUGUUACACCAUCUUUAGGUCGAAACGCGGACAGGGUUGCCUUCCUCCUCAACUUUAAUCUCUCGCUUCUUAUCCUCGCCUUUUACCGUGUCCCAUAAAAUUUCCACCUAUUUUAGUUUCUAUAUAAUCAUAAUUUCCCUAGGUUUUCACGUACAUGUUCAUCACAGGAGUCGGAGUUAAGAAAUUAAGAACAACAAUUUUUGGAAUACUGGUCCUCUCAUUAUUUAGGUUACACAAUGUCUUGCACCAGUACUUGUCCAAUUACCCAUUUUAUACCAAAAAAUGUUGUUACGUUAGUAACUUUCUCUUUCUUUGUGAAUCGUAAUGCCAUAUAUUUAGCUUAUAAUUGAAAUGGCUAGGGACAACAUAUUUCUUUUUAUAUCAAUCUUCAAAGACUUCAAAGGAAAGCAUUUCAUUUGUAGUCUUCUUAGAUUAUAUAAUUUUAUGACGUCACGAAAUCUAUGACGUCAUGUCAUUCGGGCAAAUUCAGCCCAGCCCCCCCCCCAAAAAUAAUGUGCCCGUACGCCUAUGCUGAAAGCAACUAUUAUUUUUAUUUGGCCCUAGACAGAUCUACAGUAGUUACUUAAAUAAAUCAUAACAUAUUUGAAGUGUAUGAUAUCUUCUGGUCAACAUGUGUGUGUCAUCUUAGUUUGCAUGUCAACAGGUUUUUUUAUGAAAACUGUAGGUUGUGGGUAAAAACCAAAAACUGUCUGAAAAAAGCCUGAAAAACCUGUAACUUAAAUGGAGAGAGCCUGAAAAACCUAUAACAGGGAGAACACUUGUGCUCAAUGGGUUGAUGAGUUGAAUUAGAAAUUUUUUGCAUGUAUUUGUGUUUUACUUUGGUUUUAGAAAUGAUCCUAAAGGUGCAAUGUAUUCAGACUAUUUUGACGCUCCUGAUGAUCUGAGCGGAGCCAUGAGGGAUGAUGGGAAAGACUGUGAUGACAAUAUGGAUGACAUUGAGACUGAUGAGGAUAGUAGUGAUAACGAGGAGACUGCAGCUAAUGAGUUUAAUAUUAGUGGGGAUGACAACGAUGGUGACAAUGAUGAUGAUCCAAAGUCAACAUUAGAAAAACAACAAGAAAAGGUUGGUCAAGGAUGGAUUUUUUUUUUUUGGGGGGGGAGGAGAUUGUGCCCUCCCCAGCCUAGUGAAGGAGGGUGUGGGAGGUACUUUAGCCCUUCUAGUCCUACCUUAUUAUUUUACUCUGUCUAAUGCCAGAUGAUUUUACUCGUCAAGGGGAGAGUGCCAGCACGCACCAUAUUAAUCAGACUCACUAUCUUUUAUGCAACCUGUUAACCCUUUAAGUGGCAAUGUGCCCUGAUGUGCCGUACUUUAUUAUUUUACUCUGUCUAAUGCCAGACGAUUUUACUCGUCAUGGGGAGAGAGCUGCAACUCAAUGGUAGAAACCUUGCUUCAUUUCAUAAACCUUAGGUAUCUGCUGCGAUAGCCAAAGCGGUGGACGUUCAUCAAAUAGUUUUAAUUAUUCUAUAAUUACUAUAAUUCCAAGAAAAUAAUAUAAAGAACGCACAUGAAGCAAGAUCAUAAUAUUCAUCGACCAAAUUAUGAUAAUUAUGAUACAUUAUCGCUCCAAUUUCUACCUUCAGUACAACUGAUAAUCAUGAGUGAAAAUAUGAUAUAUUGAAAUAUCGCCCAACCCUGCUAAAACCUGCCUUGGGCUUUUCCUCCUUUUUAUAUUCUAACUACCAGGUAAAGAAGCAAAUUGCAGCAUUGGAAGACAGCAAUGUUGCGGCAAAGUCUUGGCAGCUCACAGGGGAGGCGUCUGCCUUUGCUCGGCCUUCAAACAGUCUCUUAGAAGAAGUUUUACAGUUUGAUCAUACAUCAGCAGCUGGUUAGUACCAAGCUUUUUUAAAAUUACAGUGCUGUCAGUAACUUCAUUACAAGUAAUUAUUUUUGAGUAACGGUAACUGGUUACUUUUUUGGGAAGGUAACUUUAUGCACUAGUCAAUUGAAACUACGGCCCCCCGACCCCCGCGGCAUAGCGGGGAAUUAACGCGGUCAGGGCCGUGGUUUAACGCUACAAUUUCCCGGGGAUACCGGGUAUUUAACGAAAAUAUAAUUUGCCGGGGGAAAAUAGCGGGGAUUUAACGCUCGGCUAAAGGACUGUAGAGGCCUGGGUACGAGUUCGCUUGCUCGUCCAUGUGCUCGUCAUUCGACCAUGUGCUCAAUCUCGUUCCCCGAGCAUGCCCGUUCGCAGGUUAAGGGUGGGCAUAGCUCUGGAGAAAUCGAAUUGAUUCACGUUGAAUUUCCAACGUGAGUUCUACGUUCUAUGCUCGGCAAUGUUGCAAAAUAUAAAUAAAGUAUUUAGAAUUUCGCGUCGAAAAUUUGAUACAUUUUACACUGAAAUCGAACUGAAAACAACUAAAAAUUCUGGGGGAAAUAUGUACGAAAGCUUCGCUUGGAUAGGGAUACAGCUACCUGAAAAAUACAAGAAGAACUUCGACGUUUCGAGCGAAGGCGCUUCGAUUUGUACUGUUAGUGUUUGUAUACAUCGUACUUGACCUUUGCUGAUAAAUAUAAUCUCCUCAAUAAUAAGUAUUAUAUAUUUUUAUGCUUUGAAAUUUACACUAACUCUCCUGUCAGAAUUUAUGGUAUACGUAAUGUUAGAUAUGACAGUAUAUAAAAGGUCAAGUACGAUGUAUACAAACACUAACAGCACAAGUCGAAGCGCCUUCGCUCGAAACGUCGAAGUUCUCCUUGUAUUUUUCAGGUAGUUGUAUCCCUAUCAAUCCGAAGCUUUCGUACAUAUUUCCUCCAUUUCGUACAUAUUUCUAGUUGUUUUCAAACGAUUUCAGUGUAAAAUGUAUCAAAUUUUCGACGAGAAAUUCCAAAUACUUUGUUUAUAUUUUGCUGCAAUUGCCAAGCAUGCGUAGAACUCACGUUGGAAAUCCAACGUACUAUCUGCCGUCAGCCAAUCACAGGCCUGAAUCAAUUCGAUUUCUCCAGAGCUAUGUCCACCCUUAACCUGCUAAUGGGCAUGCUCGGGGAACGAGAUUGCCAUGUGCUUGUCAUUCAAACCCGGCGUGCUCCCUUGAUUUGUAUUGUCUAUUGAUAAUUUUACUAAAGUUUGUAUUAAACGUUCCCCGGUACCGGGGCAUUUAACAAAUACUUUUCCACCUGUAGCGGGGGAAAUGUGCCGGGAUUAACAAGGUGAUUUGUUAAAUUCCCCGCUAUACCGCGGGGGUCGGGGGGCCGUAGUUUCAAUUGACUAGUGCAUUAACCUUAACUGGUUACAAAAAUUGAUAAAAAGUAAUGGUAACUAGUUAGAUUCUGGCCUCGGGAUGGCUGUUACUUUUGGUUAGGGGUGCACCGGAUUUAACGAAUUUUCCGGCAUCCUGCCGGAUUUGGAUAAAAUCUGGCCGGAUUUAAAUUUCUGUUUUCACCUUUAAAAAUUCACCAAGAAUGGGAUAAACCAUCAAUUCGGCAGCUUUAAAGUUUAAGAAACACUUAUAUUAUUAUUAUAAAAUAUUAAGUUAUUAACAAAAAGAUAUUUAAAAAAGGUUUAAACACAAUCAAAAAUCUAAACUGACACUAACAAAAAAUAGUAAAAAACAUAAACCGCCAUUUUGAAUACUGAAUUAUCUCAAUUUAUCCCCAAUUGUCCCCAUUACCGGUUUAUCUCAAAUCCGGCCGGAAUUUUUGUCCAAAUCCGGUAAAUCUGGUUCCGGCCGGAUUUGAGAAUUCCAAAUCCGGUGCACCCCUACUUUUGAUGAUUUCCAAGUACUAAAAAGCUGUUUUAUCCCAAGUUUCAUUUACACACACAGGGUUCGUAGUAGUCUUUAAAAUCCUUGAAAUUCUUUAAAUUUGAAUGCUGGUCUUUAAGCUAGGUACCUGGUAUUUGAAAAUUCUUUGAAUUGUGUGAAAGGGCGAAGAAAGUCUUUUAAUUAAAUUAUUUAGUGAAUGUGUGAUAAUACGAUUUCCUAGCUAAAAAAUAGAUUGAUUGAAGAGCAAGGUUUUUGCAAAGAUUGACAAAAAAGCGCAUUUUAUAGGAUGUGAUUUGAUGGGACGAAUUACCGGGUAAAAAUGGUGCUUACACUCGCAAUGUUUCGACAGCUGAUUGCUCAAUACAAUACAAUACAAUACAAUACAAUACAACUUUAUUUCACUCUUAGAUAGAAAUACAUAAAUAAUACACAAUACUUAAAUAAUUGGUACAUAGAUAGAAUUUAUAUUUUAAAUAACAUUUUUAGAGCUUGAAAGCUAAAUGAACCGUUAGGUUUUGAAUUUUUUUUGGUCUUGGAAACUAUGAACCCUGGCACAGUUGUCGCUCAAUUUUGCACCCUGCACGGAUUCGAAUGUUUUUCAUUAAUAUGCCAUGUUGCCGUUGCAGUGCUAGAUGCUGCGUUUUCGUAAGUGAGUUGUGUGUUUGAGUUACACAGUACAACUCAAGUUGUAAGCAGGUUGCAUGCAACAGUUUUAGGCCAAAGAUGUGUAGUGUAAAUCGACCUUAACUAGUUACAAAAUUAUGUAACUUUUACAGCACUGUUAAAUUGAUUAAAAGGUUAUGUUAAAAUCUGUAUAAUUUGGUCAUGCAAGCAUUGGAAAAUUUGGGACAAGUUGUUUAGAAUUUACUGACUGUAUAUUUGUGCAGUAUACACUAGUAUAAUAAUAAUAAUAAUAAUAAUAAUUUAUUUGCCAUAUAUACAUACAAUUAGAAACAAGAAGAAAAAAAAAUAGAAAAAUAGGUACAAAAGGGAACUACGAUUAAUUGUAUCGGAUGGCGAGGAGACCUCCAGAAACCACCAGGCUUGUACAAGGAAGGCCACCUCUUGAUGCAUGGAGAUUAUAUAUUAAGUAAUAUUAUUGUUGGAUUAUUGGAUAUAGGACUAAAAUAUAGAUGUGCUUAACUUAGUAGUUGAGAUAAUUAAUAUAAUAACUAGCACUGAGGAAUAGUGAUUGACCGAUAAUUGGCAUUAGGCUGAUUAUUCCAUUAUCGGUAGAACAAUUGGAAUCGGUGCGAUAAUUCGCGUACUUACUCCGGUACGCCAAUAUUACGAUCAGCUACUGUACGUACCACGUAGGUACUCGAUACUCUUCAGAUCUGCGUGCUUAACUCAUGUUUGCUUGUACCAGUUGAUCAGUCCAAACCCAAGUUAUUCAAAACCAUAACUUAGUCGGAAUAUGUGCAUGACUGGGCAUUAAACACGAUUGGAAUGAUAUAUAUGAUGAGAUGGGACUACGAUUAUAUUACGGAUUUCGGUCUAGGCUACUUAUCAAAGCUAUAUAUGCGGUAAAGCAUAAAUGUUUUACACGCUUCGACUUCGAUACUCUAUUCCAGUCUCUUUCUACAUGAAAUAUAGUAUUCUUUGAUUAUUGUUUGAUUCUUAAGAUGCUUAAUGUAAACUACUGUCCAUCUCGACUAGCUUUUGCUAUUUAUGGGCAGUAAUGAUGUAACAGUUAUAUUUCAAGUAUAUAAUAAAAAAUCUUGUAUUCUUGUAAAAAUCUUGUAAAUCUUGUAAUGUUAGAGUGUUGUUUGUGGUUGUUGUGUGGUGUUUGUGUAUACAAUUGUGCUCCUUGAUUUAUAACACUACACUAGUUUCAUGUUAUUGAAGGAAUCCCUCUCAGAAACUUUAACAUUAUGUACUUCAUUCUAAAGACUAAGUACACCUUGAGUCUUAAGUUUGUACCAGCUCAAGUACGCGGCAAUAAUCAUUGCAGUAGCAGUCAGCAGUGUGACCAGAUAUUUUGCAAGGCAAUUACUAAAUAAGCAUGCAAAAAAUUACCAAAACGUAGAAAAAAUUACUAAAUUUCUGCUGUCAACCAAAGUGGUCUGAAAAUCAAUAAAACAUCUCAGCAAAACAAAAUCAGUAAAACGCUUUCCAUCACUUAAACUAUGUUUUUUCCAUGUUUUUCUUUCUCACUUGUACUUUUUGGUUGCAAUUGUGCAAAAUGCAAAUAUGGCGCCACGAUAAUUGGCCCGGGCCCCAGGUCCCUAGCCCGCAAUCAGCAUAGGGUGAGUGGUGAUCAGCAGGAUUCCCUCGAUUCAGCUGGACAAGUUGGGCCAGAAGCUUGCAAUUUGGAUGUACAGCUUUGCAAGCAUGGACAUGCAACUGUUCUCAUAGAAUUUUUGAAUAACAUGUUGUGUCAUUAUGGUGUAUUUGGUUGAAUUUCAUGAGAUAACCAAAAUAUUACUAACUUUAAGGGAAAUAACUAAAAAAAUUACCAAAAAUUUUAAAUUACCAAAAAAGUCAGAAAAAUCGCGAAAUAUUACCAAAAGUAAUUUAAAUUAUCAAAUCUGGUCACACUGGCAGUCAGGUACGAUCAAAAAAUUUGAAUGAUCGUACCCUGCUUUGUACGUUACGUAGCACGUGCUCAAAACUAAAUGCACAUGCAUUUCUCCUUGGUUAUGAUUAUAUUCAAUGUUUUACAAUUUUUGAUACUUUUCUCAAGCGACAAACAAACUUAAAAAGUAUAUUCUGUGCUUCAUCUGUAAAAUAAUGCUAAAAUGAAGAGAUUUUAGAUGGUAUACGCCAAAGCGAAAACGAUGUCUGAAGUUCAGUAAGUUUUGCUUACGUUGCUGUAUAAAUAUGGCGUCAAUUUUAUAGAAUUGAUGAUAAAUUGACAGGCUGACAGCAUUUAACUAUUAUUUCGUGUUUCUCAUCCGCCAGAUACAUUUAAAGGUUGCCGAUUGUAACUUGGAACAAUGGACCACUUGCAUGUUAGACUAAAUUUUAAUCUAAGUAAAGAGAAGGGAAUAAAACACAACAUUUAAAAUGAAAAUAAUGAAAUUAGUAAAAUUGCAAAAUUUGGUUGCGAAAUGUUGUAAAAUACAGAAAAUAUAGCCUUGCGAAGUUUGCAUAUUUUCAGUAUAUUUGUAUUACGUGUGGAAAUUGUUACCAUUUUCAGCUCAAAAAUGGUAACAAUUUCCGCACGUAAUACAAACAUACUGAAAAUAUGCAAACUUCGCAUGGCUAUAUUUUCUGUAUUUUACAACAUUUCGUAACCAAUUUUACUAAUUUUAAUAAGUUCUUUACGGGAAUUUACUUUUUUUUGCCUAGAUCAAAAAUUAGUCUAACAUGCAAGUUGUCUGUUGGUAAUCGGUAAUUUCCCAUUGUGGAAAUUAUCGGUCAAUCACUAUACUGACGAAAAUGGGCUGUUAUUGAUAUAUUGCCUAAUUUGUUUAGCCCCAGUGAUCACAGAAGAGACAAGCAAAACCCUUGAAGAUAUCAUCAUACAGAGAAUCAAAGACGGUGUAAGUUAUUCAUUGAGUAUGUACGUUUUCUGAAACAAGAAAAUAUAUGACAAGGAUGGUUCUCUGAUGGUUCAGUGUUACUACAGGAGGAAACCUAUACACUGAACUAACUUUAUUUAUACUGGAUAGCUCUAUCAGUUCUAAACUGUUCUCCCUAGAGUCCCUAGAGGUCCAGUAAGAGACAUUCCUUGGAUUUCCAGUGAGUGUUACUACAGGAAGAAACCUAAGCUAAACUACUAAUCUAUCAGUUCUAAACUGUUUUCCUUAGAUUCCAGUGACAAACAUUCCUUGUUAGUCCGGUGAAAUAAGAGGAAACCUAAUCUAGAGUAACUUUAUUUAUUCUGGGUAGCUUUAUCAGUUCUAAACUGUUCUCCCUAGAGGUCCAGUAAUAGUCACCCAUAGGCGUCGAAAGAUCGAUAAGUGUAUGGGGGGGGGGGGGGCAUAUUCAUAUACUGGGUUCACAGACCUUAAAAACAAUCGAUUUCAAAAAAAAAUUAGUAAUGCAGAACACGAAUAUAUGAAUAUGGUCCCCCUACUUAUCGAUCUUUCGACGCCUAUGCAGUCAUCUCUUAGUGAUCCAGUGUUACUUCAGUAGGAAACCUAAACUAAACUAACUUUAUGUAUAUAUACUGGAUAGCUUAAAUACACACAAUGCACAAAUUUAAAUGCAAAGAAGGAGAUAAUAUCUCGUGUUUCUGUUCCAGGCUUGGGAUGAUGUUGAGAGAAAAGAAAAGCCGGUGAAAGAACCUUAUGAAUACAAGAAAGCUCAACCCAUCAAUCAAGAGAAAAGCAAAAUGAGUCUGAGUGAAAUUUAUGAAAAAGAAUAUCUUCAACAGCAGGUAGAUUGCUCUGCUUCUAAUGAUAUGUAUGUUAAAUGUGCACGGUGUUUGGAUAACGCAGGGGUUUAAAAAUAGGCGUUAAUUAAGGACGUACGAUUGUACGCCGAAAAAUGCUUAGCGUAUGCCACGUAUCUCAGGAAAUGUACGAUAACAUACUCUUAAUACAGAUUCUUUGUGUUUAUCUGAGAAUCCUUCAGACAACGUGCAUUCUUCGAUCCGACUUAGCGUCAAUUUUCCAUCCAUUUUCUACAGUGCUUUGGCAAAAGUGGAACCCAUAAUUGAAAUGAUCAUGCUCAAAUUAGUCGGCUACCGACAAUUUCACUUUGUUUAGACGGUUAGCUGAAGAGUUACAACAUUAACAUUUUUUGUCCUGUAAUGUUUUUUAUUCCCAAAAAAUUUUUUUCUAGAAUCCUGAGGUUGAAAAAGAAAACGAAGAACACGCGCAAAUUAAGAAGUUGAUGAAAUCUCUCUUUUUCAAAUUAGAUUCUUUGUCGAACUUUCAUUUUACUCCCAAACCGGUAAGUAUAAAUCAACACUCGGACACUGUAAUUGUGUGACACUAUAGCAAGUUGUCAGACUGGAUGUCAUGCUAUAUGUCAACAGAAAAAAUUAAUUUCAGUGCACUGAGAAUCUUAAUACUUUUAGGAAUAUAACAUAAAACUAAUUUAGAUGGCAUGCAUCAGGGAUCUGAUCCUAAGAUAAAUGAAGAUGGCAAAAAUGGGCACUACUUUGAAACUCAGGUGUUUUGGUUAAAAAUGCAUUUGCCAUAAAACAUUUGUUACAUCAUUCUAUAGUUUAUACAUAUAUGCACUAUUGCACUGUUGAGAUGGAUGCACUUAUAAUUGAAUUUUUGAGGUCACACCCCACAGUACAGGUAACAUUCUUCCUUUGGUUAGAACUUUUCCCCUGAAUUUCUCCUUGGCGCUACAGUUUUAACAUUAUACCACAUAACUGUAGUAUAAGGCUCAUAAUAUCCUUAUUUGGCAAGAUCUGAUCGCGAAACUGGUGCACAACAUUGCCUCAAUACUGAGCAUUACGAAAAACACAAAAUGUCGUUAAAUCUAAAGGUAAUUUAAAAACAAUUGUAUUUUUGUAAGGCGCGAUUCGAUGAUAAAUUUAUGCUCACGUGGCACAAACUUAGCUUUCUGAUUGGACACUUGAAUUUGAGGUAUAAUAUUUGACUAAAUGAACUUCAAGGGAGUCUCCUUAAAUGUUUUAAUUAUAUUUUUAUUAUAGCUCAAAUCUGAGGUGACCAUUGUCUCCAACGUUCCGUCAGUGACCAUAGAGGAAUGUACACCCGUGAACGUUAGCGAGACGGCAUUGCUUGCUCCAGAAGAAGUUUACGAUAAACAGAGGGUUGAAGUGAAAAGCCAGGGAGAGAUGACGAAACAAGACAGAAAUCGCGAACGACGUGUAAAGAAACGGAGACAGCGUUUGGCUGCGAAAGAAAAAGAAAAAAUACAGAAAGCUAUUGAAAGAACGAAUCCAGGUCAAGAUUAUAAAAUUUCUAAUUUGUGGCUGCCUAAUAAGUCAAUUCGAAGAGUUUUUAUGAACUCUCAUCAUUUUUGAGCUUGUUCAGAUUUUAAGGAGAAUUGCUUAAGUUUAUGCUCGUUUUACUGGUCAUAUCCAGUCAACUCUCAUGCAUCUCUUGUUCUCGUUUGACCGGGCUGUGAGCUGAGAAAACUCUUAUGCAAACUCUCGUUUGCCAACUUUCAUUAACUGUCAUGGAACUCUUGUUCUCGUUUGACGGGGGCAUGAGAGUUGAGAAAACUCUCUAUGCAACCUCUUGCUUCUUAACUCUCAUCAACUUUGAGCUUGUUAAAAUUUUAAUGCAUGAGAGUUGAUAACAGUUUAUGCUCGCUUUACUGGUAAUAUUCAGUCAACUCUCAUGCAACUUUUGUUCUCGUUUGACUGGGUUGUGAGUUGAGAAAACUCUUGUGCAAACUCUCGCUUACCAAUUUUCAUGCAAGUCUUGUUCUCGAUCGUUUGACGGGGGCGUGAGAGUUGAGAAAACUCUCUAUGCAAACUCUCGCUUCUCAAGUCUAAUGCAAACUCUCGCUUCUCAACUGUCAUCAACUCCCAUUCAAACUCUCGCUUGCCAACUCUCUAUGCAAACUCUCGCUUUUCAACUCUCAUCAAAUUUGAUCCUCAUUUGACUAGGGCUUUAAAUCAAGCCUGUACUAACAAAGUUUGUUUUAUUGUUGUAGGUUUGGGCAACAAAUACAGCAAGGCCAAAGCAAUGGAGUCGCUUAAGAAAGAUAAAACAAGUACAAUAGUUGGCGAGAAGAGACGAGAUAGUUCACUGACGUCUUCAUCUGGCUUCUUUAACAAACUACAGGACAGUGUCAGGGAGGAGAUACACAAAAAGAGUCAGAAUGGAAAGAAAGAAAGGAAGAAUAAGACAUCUUCAGCUCAUUGCAGGCUUUGAACGGUGAACUUAAAGGGAAAUGGCAAUUAUUUUUUAUUUUCUUAUUUGAAAGAACUUUUAAGACUAUAUAUAAUACUCUUUACCGUUUUUUUUUCAUACCAUG